UAAUUGUGAAGAGCGCCACCUGUUGUUUGGUUAUCCGAUAUCAACAUUAUGGAUAAUGUAGCGGUAGGCUAGGCCUGUACAUCAGUUGUCAGAGUUUGAAGGUUCUACCAAGGAUGUCAACUGUGGUGCACAUACAGGAUGCAGAGCACAGUGAUGACGUAUCACCAUGGCAACGCGUAUCGCUCAACAUCACUUGAAUGAGAUUGUACCUGACACCGUUAAUUGUAAAGAGCGCCACCUGUUGUUUGGUUUUCGAUCAACAUUAUGCAGCAGAUAAUGCAGCAGUAGGCUAUAUAGGCCUGUACGUCAGCUUUGAAAAUGGAGUUGAGGCCAGACAGACAGGGGGCAUAGGACUGCAUAUUUGCUCUCAGAGUUACUUCAACAACGACGAUAGGUUCAACUACAACUAUGCGCAGGCCAAAGCCACAGCAGGCAACUACAAGGAAGCAGAGGAGAUUUUUGUGCUCAUUCAGAGUGAGAAGAUCAAGAAUGACUACACGUGUCUCUGGUUGGCAAGAUGCUGCAUCGUGAAUCGUAAGGCCAGACUAGCCUGGGAGUUGUACCUUAAGAUGGAGACGUCUGGCGAAUCGUUCAGCCUGCUGUAGCUCAUUGCCAACGACGGCUACAAGAUGGGCCAGUUCUUCUAUACAGCCAAGGCUUUCGAUGUCCUGGAAAGAUUGGACCCCAAUCCUGAAUACUGGGAAGGCAAGCGAGGGGCGUGCGUGGGCGUAUUCCAGCAGAUCAUAGCUGGCCAUGAACCAAG